CCUACUUCAACCUCUCUACUCACCAACAACCUACCCCAACCACACCAAAAUGACCAACCCCAAGCCCCACCUCAUCACGGUCCCUCUCCUCGACCACCGCGCCAAGGGCGUGGCUGUCGAGGUCAUCCCGCACCCCGGCGUCGGCACCGGCCGCCCCCUUGCCGCCGUCAAGGCGGGCCAUGAAGCCCUCGCCGCGCUGCUCACAAACCUCAAGCGCCGUGCGACCGCCUGGCAGCUGUCGCACGCGCUCUUCCUCCAGGGUCUCGGCAAGACCGAGGAGCACCUCCGCGCCUUCGAGUUUGAGCGUAUCAUCGAGACGCUGGACAACAUCGUCGAGGUCAGCCACGAGCUCGCCGAGCUCGACGAGAGCGUCAACGACGACGUCGUCGAGUGGAACGCCAAGGCCCUCGACACGCUCGCCCACCGCGACGGCUUCCUCCACGUCUUCUUCGACGAAUACGCCGUCCUCGGUGGCGAGAUAGACACGCUCGACGCGUGGUACAUUGACUGGGGAUCGGCCGGCGAGAGCCCCGCCCACGAGGCGGCUCUCCUCGCCCACCAGCAGCUCAAGGACCAUAUCGCCAAGCUCUUCGCCUGGCACAUCCGCGUCGAGAGCCAGGUCGUCGAGCCGUACCGCCCCGGUGUCCUUUUCACAUCCCCAAACCUCUGGUCAGGCGAAUGA